CGGACAAGGGUCAAGUCCAGGCUCCGCUAAUUCCAACGUCGACAAACACUCCGUCCCCCACCAGCACGCUCCCCUAGGCUGCGCAGUCUACUGUCCUUCGAGAUCUAUCCGAGUGCCUACAGAAACGCUAGAAGCUCAAGGAAUCCUUGCGCCGCCACCGACUGUCUCACGAAAGCGAUUGUUGCCACGAACACGAUUAUUUGAGUGCAUGAGGGGCCCGGCCACGGUCGUCGCCUCUACUAUUGAAACGUAGAGAUGGCGGUCAACAGAAUUAGGGGUGCCUUUGCGGUGCCGAAGAAAGGAGAGACUUUUGAAUUGAGAGCAGGCUUGGUGUCUCAAUAUGCAUACGAACGAAAGGAAGCCAUUCAAAAGACGAUUAUGUCUAUGACCCUCGGAAAAGAUGUAUCGGCUCUUUUCCCCGACGUCCUCAAGAACAUCGCAACCGGAGAUCUUGAUCAGAAGAAGCUCGUAUACCUGUAUCUUAUGAAUUAUGCCAAAUCUCACCCGGACCUUUGCAUUCUAGCGGUCAACACAUUCGUACAGGACUCGGAGGACCCAAAUCCUCUAAUUCGUGCACUCGCUAUACGGACCAUGGGCUGCAUCAGAGUGGAUAAAAUGGUAGAUUACAUGGAGGAACCAUUACGGAAGACAUUACGCGACGAAUCUCCCUACGUUCGGAAAACCGCGGCGCUCUGCGUAGCGAAACUCUUCGAUCUCAACCCUCAGAUGUGUCUCGAAAACGGCUUCUUGGAGCAACUCCAGGAAAUGAUUGGAGAUCCAAACCCAAUGGUCGUCGCAAACUGCGUCACGGCGCUAGUGGAGAUCAACGAGACGGCACCGGAGACGAAAGCUUUCAAGAUCAACCCGACAACGCUGAAGAAAAUGUUGAUGGCGCUCAACGAAUGCACAGAAUGGGGGCGUGUCACCAUUUUGACGACGUUGGCGGAUUACAAGGCUGCGGAUGUCAAAGAGGCAGAGCACAUUUGCGAGAGAGUCUCUCCGCAAUUCCAACACGUAAACCCUAGCGUCGUUUUGGCUGCCGUCAAAGUUGUGUUCCUCCACAUGAGAAGUAUCUCUCCGGAACUGGCCAAAUCAUACUCGAAGAAAAUGGCACCACCUCUAGUUACGCUUGUAUCAUCUCAGCCGGAAGUUCAAUACGUCGCUCUAAAGAACAUCGACCUUCUUCUCCAGAAACAAGCCGAUAUCCUCAGUAAGGAGAUGAGAGUAUUCUUCUGCAAAUACAACGACCCACCAUACCUUAAACUCCAAAAACUCGAGAUCAUGGUCCGAAUAGCCAACGACAAGAAUGUCGAUCAACUACUCGCCGAAUUGAAGGAGUAUGCUAUGGAAGUCGACAUGGAUUUCGUUAGGCGCGCCGUCAAGGCAAUCGGCCAGGUCGCCAUCAAGAUCGAGAGUGCCAGCGAGAAGUGUGUCAACACACUCCUUGAUCUGAUCAACACCAAGGUCAACUAUGUGGUGCAGGAGGCCAUAGUCGUCAUCAAAGAUAUCUUCCGAAGGUACCCUGGAUAUGAGGGUAUAAUACCGACGCUCUGCCAGUGCAUAGACGAGCUCGAUGAGCCCAACGCUCGUUCUUCUCUGAUUUGGAUCGUUGGAGAGUAUGCAGAGAAGAUUGAGAAUGCGGGAGAGAUCCUUUCAGGUUUCGUGGAUGCGUUUGCCGAAGAGUUCACUCAGACACAACUGCAAAUCCUGACCGCAGUGGUGAAAUUAUUCUUGAAGAAACCAGACCAGUCACAGGGCCUGGUUCAGAAGGUUUUGCAAGCAGCGACAGCGGAGAACGACAACCCCGAUAUUCGCGACCGAGCAUACGUCUACUGGCGCUUGCUGUCAAGUGACCCUCAAGUUGCAAAGAAUAUCGUUCUUUCCGACAAGCCUCCGAUCACAUCUACUAUUCAUUCGCUGCCACCUGCUCUGCUAGAGCAAUUACUCACGGAACUCUCGACACUCGCGUCUGUAUACCACAAACCUCCGGAGGCGUUCCUUGGACAAGGGCGAUUUGGCGCGGAGGCUAUGCAAAAAGCCGCUAUCGAGGAACAAGAAGAGAACGCCCGCGAAAACCCUAUUGCCGCAGCUGCCGCCGCUCUUGCCAGCGGACAGGCUCCCCAGCAGUCGAAUGUGGAGAAUCUGUUGGACAUCGAUUUCGACGGCGCCGCUCCCGCAUCGUUACAGAAACAACCAUCCACAGGCCAGUCCGGGUUGGAGGGCCUCGCCGGUACACCACAGCGCGUUGAAUCUCCGGCUACUACUGCUCAAGCACAAUCUAACAUGGAUGAUCUGAUGGGAUUGUUUGGUGACGGAGGCAACAGCGGCGGUGGGGCGCCAGCUGCCCAAAUGUCCAACGAUGAUAUUCUCGGUGGGUUUGCAGGUCUCAACGUCGGAGGCGCAAGCCAACCGCCUCCUGCAAGCCAACAACUCAGUGGGCAAAAGGCUCAAAAGAGUAAUCAGGAUCUUCUUGAUCUGUUUUGAGAACUCUCGUAGAGUCGGUGUUAGUUUUAUUAGCAGGCGAUAGAUAGACGGCAUUGGUCGACGAUGAUGAAUGCGAAGCAAACAUACGCUUUGCAACACAUCCUCUAAAGUGAUAUAAAUGGAGAUAUAACUUUACGAAUAGCCAAAUCUAUAGUGUAAAUUUGGAA